CAGUCACUGUCCGGCGGCCAGAUGCUGGUGGGGCGAGCCCUCGCCUUCCUCGCCCUGACCUGGAGUGCCUACCGGAGCCUGGCUGUCCCCACGAUUGCAGAAUGCAGCCUCUCCUGUUCUGAGGGCUUCACCUGCAGGAGCCGCGUGAACCGAAAUAUUUUCAACAGCUUCUGCCGGCAGCCCCCCACAUCCAUAUCCAGGUCUGUACUGGAGGCCCUGAUGCUCUCCACAGCCAUGAAGUGUCCCCCCCACGAUGACUGCUCCCUGCUUCUGCGCGUGAAUGCCUCCCUCACGCUGCACGAGAGCCUGUGGGGCCUGGAGGCCUGCUCCAUGAGCCUGGACACCCAGGAGGCGCAGUGCCAGAGUGUGCGGGUCCGCAGGGCCUCCCGUCAGCUGCAGGUGGGGCGGCAGCUCCAGGUGCACUUUGACUGCUUUGAGGUGAGCGUGGCCCAGAGCCUCUACGUCACCCUGAGGACUGUCCCCCACUUCUGCGGGGUCCAGCUGGACCAGCAGUACCACGUGGAAGACUGCAGAGACGAGGACGUGGGGAGGAAUAUGCCCGACUGCUUCGCUGGGAAGCUCUCCUACUGGGUGGACCACAGCCGCAAGGUCGUUCGGGUGCAAUUGCCAGAGGCCCCCGGGGGCCCCGACUACUACCUGCGGCUCUGCCUCAAGAGGUUCACCUGCGAGGACGCCGGCGCGGCGGUGCGGGUGACGGCUAGCAGGGUCUCCCGGAGCGUCUCUCUGCCCUACAGCCAAGCGCUACCAUGCCUGUGCCUUGAGGGCUGGUCUGCGACCCCGGACGCGGUGCGGAUCCAGACCUGCCCCUUUGAAGAUGACACAGAGAUACUGUGGGACGCCAUCAGCUACCACCCAGGGAGCCGGGCGCUGACCUGGGAGCCCACCUGUCCAGUGAGUGGCCAUGUGAACCUGUGCUGGCGCCCGGGGCCAGGGGCCCACUGCCUCAAGCUGGAGCACUCAGGCCGGCCUGCACAUGGCAGGGUGCGGUACCCACUAGUGGACCCACAGCCCCAGCUCUGCCUGAAGUUCUCCACAAGCCUGGGCUUCCGGGUGAGGUGCCCUUUCGAGAAGCUGCUCUUCCCAGCCUGGAAGAUGACCACCCAGCCAGCACCCUCUCCCGGCCACCUCCGGAUCGCCUUCUUCUCGCCCAGCCCCGCCCGCUUCCAGGUGUGCCUGUGUCACCAAGGGAAGACUUGGCCUCCUGCCUGCCACCGAGUUCUCCGGGCCAUGCCCCUCCCUCCAGCCUCAGUGAGCCAGGGUGACCCCACAGAAGACCCUACAGUUGCCUUCGUGGACAUUCCCAGGGAUGAUGCCUGUGCACCCAGCACCUGCAUCCAGGGCUGGAGGACUGAUGUCCACUUCUCCGCCCCCCAGCAGCUGUGCAACCUCCAGUGCGCUGCCACCUAGGGGACAGCAGCCUGAGGCCAUGUGUCUCAUCAAGAGGAAGCAAGCGCCGGGCCCGAUUGCUGCGAUGUGGCGGGGGUCAACUCACGUCUGGACACCCCAAGCCUCAGACAGUGAAGCUGGGCCUCAGGGUGUAGGGGUGGUCUCACCUGGCCCCAGACCGUGGGGUGCCUGUACCUGUCAGCUCUCCAGAGGCCUGCAGCUCCACAGGGGCCCUUGGUCAGAUGAAGGACCUCCAGUCCCCCUGAAUCCCCUGAGUGGGGGACAAGAGAAUGGCUGGGUGGGGUGCCCCCUUCCCCAGAUGACCCAGCCCCUGGCCUGCCCUGUCUCGGUGUGGUCUAGGCUCCCUCUGGACAACCAGUGGUCACGGCCAGCAUCCCUGGCCCUGAGGACAAGGGCUCUGGAGUGCAGGGUGUGACCCCACCCUUUGUGUAGUUGACCCAAUCCCAGGGGCCCAGGACCAUCUCCACUUCCUGCCCGGAGCACCCACCCUGCACCAGCCCUCCCAGAGGCCAGACCAUCUCCACUCCCCAGGCCCCUCACCAGGCCAGUCCAGUGAGGGCUGGUUGCCUCCAGUGGCCCCAGGCAGGAGCCACCUGCCAGGACGCGCCAUUCCCAGAUGUGUUGCACUCAUGGAGGGCCACCGUGUGCCGUCUGUGCUCAGGGACCACAGAGGGACUGCUGGUCCUGCAGCAUGACUUCUGUGCCCUGGGCCAGGGGUCACUCAGCAGUUGGCUGGCUUACUCUGCCCUUGUGGGACUCUCCCGCCGGCUCACAAGGACCACCGAGGUGCCCUUCCCAGGUUGCCGUCUGGAGUCCCCGCCACCUGACUGCAGUGUACACAGGAACAGGCACCCAGGCCAGUCAGCGGCAGGUGCACUCCUACCUCUGGGCUCUGGCUUGGCUGUUCCUCCUUCAGCCGCUAUGGGUCUCUGAGCCUUCUCGUCCCUCUAUUAGGGGCUGCUGCCCCCAGCUGACCAGGGGGUGGGCAAAGCCAGCAUGUCCCCUUGCUCAGUAAACACCUGUCCGCC